UUGGUCCCUGAAGCCAGGCCAAUCUUUAAUAAUAACAAAAGAUAUGGCCACGCUUGUUCACGAUGAAUUAAUAUUAAUAGCAUCUGCUUUCCUGGAAUGUCUGCAAAUAGAGAAUGAGCUCAUCCUCACUAGCCUCAAGUACAUGGAUCUAAGAUGUUCAAGUUCAAUAACAAGUUCCCCAGAUGUCUCGGGGAUACCAUAUCUUGAGUACCUAAAUUUGUCAAAGUGUGAUAGUAUGGUGGAGGUUCACCAAUCUGUUAUGCUUCACGAAAGGAUUAUUCACUUAGAUCUUAGCAGUUGUUCCAGCCUUCGCAUUCUCCCGCAUAGUAUCCAGAUGAAAUCUCUACAGAUGUUAAAUCUUUAUGCAUGCGAGAGUCUGGGAAGAUUCCCAGAAAUCUCCAUGGAGACGAGGAGGUUAUUGGUGCUAGAAAUGGAUCGUUGUCAAGGGAUAAGGGGACUACCAUCAUCAUUUAGACUUUUGACUAGCCUUACCAUUUUAACUGUGGGUCAAGAUCAUAAUGAAGAAUUUGAUUAUUCUAGGGGCGUGUAUAAAAGGUGUUUGCAGGUUCUCACACAUUUAAGAUCUUUGAGAGUACUGGAUCUUAGAGAGAAUAAUUUCGUAGAAGAAGACUUCCCCAUGGAUCUGCAAAAUGCAUGGCCUUGCUUGGAAGAGUUGAAUCUAUAUGGGAACCUCAUGACCAGGCUACCUGCAAGCAUUUCUCAUCUCUCUCAUCUCAAAUACCUCAACCUGAGAAAGUGUGAAAACCUGAAGGAACUGCCUGAGCUUCCGGAGUUUAUUCAAGUUUUGAAGGCAGAUGGUUGCGGAUCGUUGCAAAAGAUUGGUGAUAUAUCAAAUAAAUAUAACUGGUUGUUUCAAAUCUCGUUCAAGAACUGUGGGAUGCUCCUACAGGAUCAAGAAACUCAAAUCUUCCUUGAUAAUAUGUUGAUGAAAUCUUUCGUCCAUAAAUGUGCUGCUAUGAAUCAUCGAUUGAGUAUUGCAGUUCCUGGAAGAAAAAUUCCAAACUGGUUCACUAACAAAUGUUUGGGUAACACAAUCACAAUGGAAUUGGAUCAAAGCCAGAUCACCAAAAUGACAGGGUUGGCCAUAUGUUGCAUCAUUGCUCCAUUUUCUGGUACUUAUAAGUUUCCAAAACUCUUUAUCAAAUUCAAACCUUCAAGUAGCGGAAAACUGAUUGAUCUGCCACCACGUGGUGCUGAAGGGAGCCAUGUGUGGAUUGGAUACAUGUCAACUGAUAUCCUAGGGAAUAUACCUCAUGGUUUUGAACCGAAUGGUCUUAUCUUAGAAUUUCAUGAAUUUUGUAGCAUCAUGGAAUGUGGGGUGUGUGUGAUACACAAAGAUGAUACCAAAUCCUUGACAGGAACUGGGUCAUGGAUCCCAGAUUACGAUGACAUGGAGAUGGUUGAUAGAUUCAGUGCAAGUGGUAAGGGCUUGCCAAAUGGAAGAUGGUCGUGUCCGACAUUUUCCAUAGAACAUGAAACAACUGGACACAUCGGCAAAGUUGAAGUAUCCGGCUUAAACUUCUGA